AUGGCAUUCUCUGGUGCUUUGGUUUUGGCCUCAUUGAUUGCAAUCAGCAUGGCCCUGCCAACCCUCGCAACCGUCUACACCGUGGGAGAUUCUUCAGGUUGGGCGAUUGGUGCAGAUUAUAGUUCAUGGACUGGUGGCAAGACCUUCUAUGUGGGUGAUACUGUGGUGUUCAACUAUGGAGCUGGACACACAGUGGAUGAAGUUAAAGAGAGUGACUACAAAUCCUGCACCGCAGGGAAUUCAAUCAGUACAGACAGUAGUGGUGCAACCAAAAUUACCCUCAAGACUGCAGGCAAUCAUUACUUCAUAUGUUCUGUUCCUGGACAUUGCUCUGGUGGCAUGAAACUUGCCCUCACUGUCAAAGCAGGAAAAGACACCACUCCUUCAACUGGGAAGGCUUCACCUUCUGACGACGGCACCGCCACCACAGCCACACCAACCACCACCACCACCACCACUGCAACUAAAUCAAACUCGGCUUCAACGAGUAUUGUGACAUCAACUGUUGCCAUGUUGAUUGUUUCAUGGAUCACUCACUAUGCCUUGCGCCUGGUAUAA